UUUAGAGAGAGGAGAGAGAAAGGGGGAAAGAUGAGAGGUGUGGGAGGUCCGCUGCUGUGCAUUGGCGAUCUGCUGAGCGAUGUGGGAGAAAGAGACGGUGGAGACCAACCCAACGUCGAAACCUCAUUUUCACCAUCUUCUUCUUCGGCACCCAUCAAUUCGAAUCUCAAUCUUCAACCCUCUGAUCUCACCAAACUCUUCCAGGAAAACUAUGACCAGUUGAAUGAAGCGCUUGCUGGUACGGACCACUCAUGGACAGCUCUAAUGCUGAAGCUUUGUAAAGCUCUCGAAACUGCAAAGAAGUUGGUCCAGUCUACCAACUCUCAUGUUGGCAUGCUGUCGGAGAAGGUUGGGGAGCUGGAGAGAAUUAUCAAGAGGGCAGAUUCUGCCGUUGCGGCAGCCAAAGGCAUCCACAACUCUCUAAACCGAGAAGGACCUCUUAUCACUCAAAAUAUUCAACAGUCCAGGCCUGAUCAAUGACAAGGUUUGGAAAAACGAAUAUUGACAUAUUUUAUUCUAAACAGGUGGUGCAAAAUAUUGACCGGUGAGUGUCUUGUUGAAUAAAAGCUCGAAAAUGAUUUGGAGAAAGAGAAAUAAGGAGCAUUAAAGGUUCAUUAUCUUGCCCCCCUUGGUCUUAGAAUAACUUCAUUUUCCUUGUUGGAGUUUGCAGUAGUUUAGACAUAGGAAAUGUGCUAGUACUGGAUUCAGGAUGGAGUUUUCCACUAUAGCAUUUGUGUGAGUUCAGAAUGUAUGCAUAUCUUGAAACUGAGUUUGGUGUUAAUAUAUUCUUGAUUUGUGCAAAUGAAA